AUGAGGGUACUGGGCUUGUUGGCCACAGGGGCCCUAUUGCUGGGCCGUUAUCAGGUCGAGGCAAGAGCAGUCUUUGCUCACUUUAUGGUAACCAACACCGCCAACUGGACUUCGUCGCAAUGGGAGUCCGACAUCUCUGCAGCCAAAGCUGCUCACAUCGAUGCUUUUGCACUGAACAUGGCCGUGGGUGAUGCAGCAAAUACCAAGGCCCUUCCUAUGGCCUUUUCAGCUGCUGACUCUCUUGGAUUCAAACUCUUCUUUUCCUUCGAUUAUGCCGGCAAUGGCCCGUGGUCUGAAGCCACGGUCAUCUCUAUGAUCAAAGAAUACUCCGCCCAUUCCUCCUACUACCAACAUGAUGGAAAGCCCUUCGUCUCCACGUUUGAAGGCCCUGCUAAUGCUGAUGACUGGACCAAGAUCAAGUCGGAGACCGGCUGCUUCUUCAUUCCCGAUUGGUCGUCUGUUGGAGCCAAGGCAGCCGUUGAGCUAGGCACUGCCGAUGGCCUUUUCAACUGGGCUGCAUGGCCCUGGGGUGACUGGGAUAUGAAUACCUAUACCGAUGCAUCUUACUUGGACUAUCUCGACGGCAAGCCUUACAUGAUGCCUGCAUCUCCGUGGUUCUACACCAACCUCCCCGGUUACGACAAGAACUGGCUAUGGAGAAGUGACCACUUGUGGUACGAUCGCUGGCAGGAGAUCAUGUCGCUCAAACCCCUUCCUGACUUUGUGCAAAUCAUCUCCUGGAACGACUAUGGCGAGUCCCAUUAUAUUGGUCCCAUCCAUGAAAACAGUAUGGCUGCAUUUGAUAUCGGCAGGGCCCCUUACAAUUACGUUCUUGAUAUGCCUCAUGAUGGCUGGCGUGCCUUCCUUCCAUAUGUCAUCGACACAUACAAGAACGGCAUUGCCACCGUCACGCACGAGGGAUUGCAAGUCUGGUAUCGCAAGGCUCCUGCAGCAGCAUGCAGCAGCGGUGGAACUUCUGCCAACACGGCCAGCCAGCUUCAACUCGAAUACACACCGGCACAAGUCUUGCAGGAUAAGGUGUUCUUCUCUGCUCUUCUCACCGUGUCGGCCGAGGUGUCUGUCACUGUCGGUGGUGCUACAGUGCCUGCUACGUGGAUCAAGACCCCCGAAAAUGGCAUUGGGAUUCACCAUGGCGAGGCCUCCUUCAGCGGCCAUUCUGGUGAGGUUGUUGUGACUAUCCACCGUGGUGGAAGUGUGAUUACAAAGGUCACCGGCACCAGUAUCUCCGAUUCCUGCACCGACGGCAUUCAGAAUUACAACGCGUGGGUGGGAAGUGCUUCCAGUUCUGCCGCCGUCUCAGCGUCCCCGGGACUCAAGCUUGAUGAUGCGGUCUGCGUCAAUGGUACCGGCGUGAACAACUUUGUCGGAUUGUGUGAAUUUGCCUGCCAAUAUGGAUACUGCCCCUAUUCCGCGUGUACCUGUGAGUCUCUGGGUGCUGAAAGGAAGAAGCCCAAGGCCACUGGUGUUCAAGGAUAUCCGAUUGCAGGAGAGGACGCUACAUACAGCGGCCUGUGCAGUUUCACCUGCAACUAUGGCUACUGUCCUCCGGAGGCUUGUGGUACCGAGAAGGUGGAACUGACUGUGCCCACUGUGUCUGACUUUGCUUCCCCGGCAUGUGUCGCGGGUACUGGGGAUGGAGAUCUGGCAGGACUGUGCUCGUAUGCCUGCAAUUUUGGUUACUGUCCCAUCAGCUCCUGCACCUGUACCGCAACGGGCGCUUUAAAUGUACCCAAAUCGCCUAAGGCUGGACUGAGUGGUAAGGGCGCUUCAGGCAAGGAUCCCUUGGUGUACGACGGACUCUGCAACUUUGCCUGUAGCCGCGGCGACUAUUGCCCCGAUCCCUGCGUCUCGAAGGAGAGCAGCAAUGAUGAUGGCGACAGUGGAAGCAGCGGCGAUGGCAGCCAUGGCGGCGGCUCUGGUGAUGUUGUCUAUCUUCCACCCUCGUUCUGGACCGACGAUGAUCACGAUGCCCUCUGCGAGCCUCCUUGCACUCUGAUCCUUCCUGGUUAUCCGGUGUCUCCUACGCAAACCGUGACCUGGGGCCCUGUCACCGUCCCACUGAUCUCCCAAGGCGACGAUAACGAUGUCACCACGACGUCUACCGUCAUCACGCCCAAGCCCUUCCCUCUCGGUUACAUUCCCUUCUCUCCGGUCUAUGUCCCUGCCGAUGCAGAGAACAUGACCCUCUACCCUACCCAGGCGAUCAUGCCCCCUCCCAUCGGUAUCAUCCUUCCCCCCGGUGUUGAAAUAAUGCCCACCGACUCUUCCUUCACUUGGACUACCGGUCCCUCGCCGAGCAUCACUGCCGGACCCGGUGCGACUUCCACGUCCACGACCAACGGCGUGGUCAUCGUGACAUUUCACUCGAGUUCACACAGCACCGACGUUCAGCCCACUCCAACCGGAAAGAUCAUCCAGCCCAAACCCCCAGUCCCCAAGGUCACCGUCAAACCAGGCAAACCCAGCAAUUCCGGGGGGUGCGGCCCACUCAGCACCAAGCCUGGUUGUGGUAUCAACUUCUGUGCCAUACUAGGAAUUUGCCCAGGAUCCUCUGGCGGAAGCUCAGGCGGCGGUAGCAGUCCCGGAAAGGGCAACGAUGAUGAUGACGACGAGCCCAAAUCGUGCUCCACCACCCAGACGGCCUCGAUCUGCACAGAGGUCAUUAGCAGCUACACGCCCGCCGGUCAAGCCACCCUGACGACGACCACCGAGACCUACUGCAUCAACACCGCCGGCUGCUCACCCACCGGAUCCACGGAGACCAUCACCAAGACGACCUCCGAAGAGGUCCACCCGAUGACCGUGACCGCCGUCGAUGCCUUCGCCACACCGGAACCAGACUCCGUGCUCAAGUCCAUCGCCAGCAGCAUCAAAAGCGCGCAGAAAUCCUAUUUCGCCACCGAAUGGGCCACCAAGUCAACCACCAGCGACAGCCGUCCCGCCCCCACCAGCGGGUCCAAUCCUGGCGAGAUCGAAAUCACCUACUACAAAGACGGCAGCAAGAGCUCCGGUGAAUGGGACGUGUGGGAUAUUUCCUCGUCUCCCCUGCCCGAGGGUAUCUAUAUUGGAUGCCCGGAGGUGACGAGGGUCGCGCCCGUUGCUGUGAUUUCAGACGGUGCAAUUAAUGGGAUGAAGGACGGGAUGUCGUUCACGGUGUUCGGUUCCAAGUGUACGUAUAAGGAUACGUCGGGGGGCUAUGCUCUUACAGGCAAGAAGAUGGGAGAGCUACAUUGUGAUAAGUAUCGGAGUGCUAGUUGCACACGCAACAGUGGGGGAGGGACAUGCGCGAAGGGAAAUCAAGUCUGGUCUCCCUUGGUGAUAUGUGAGUGGUAG